CCCGCCGCGCGCCUGAGCCCCGCGCGGCGCGAGAAGACAGCGUGUGGAUUGCCCCCCAAGUUAUGGAGGUGGCGACCGAGUGAGAAGGAAAAGCCACUUCGAGAACCGGGUUGCGAGAGAGCGACAGUCCGCUGGAGCCCAGACCCUGACAGGAAGGAGAAGACUGCAGCAAUGCCAGACUCUCCGGCUGAAGUGAAGACGCAGCCCCGGUCCACACCCCCCAGCAUGCCACCCCCACCUCCCACCGCAUCCCAGGGAGCCACACGACCACCCUCCUUCACACCUCACACACAUGGCGAGGAUGGACCUGCGACGUCUCUGCCCCACGGCCGUUUCCACGGCUGCUUAAAGUGGUCCAUGGUCUGUCUCUUGAUGAACGGGAGCAGCCACUCACCUACAGCCAUCCACGGUGCCCCAUCUACACCCAAUGGCUUCAGCAACGGCCCAGCCACCUCAUCGACUGCCUCGCUGUCCACACAACACCUGCCCCCAGCAUGCGGGGCACGGCAGCUCAGCAAACUCAAGCGUUUCCUCACCACCCUGCAGCAGUUCGGCAGUGAUAUCUCGCCUGAGAUUGGGGAGCGCGUGCGCACCCUGGUGCUGGGGCUGGUGAAUUCAACUCUGACGAUUGAAGAAUUUCAUUCCAAGCUCCAGGAAGCCACCAACUUCCCACUGCGGCCAUUCGUCAUCCCCUUUCUGAAGGCUAAUCUCCCGCUGCUGCAGCGAGAACUCCUGCACUGUGCCCGCCUGGCCAAACAGACGCCUGCCCAGUACCUGGCCCAGCACGAACAACUGCUGCUGGAUGCCAGCGCCACCUCCCCUGUUGACUCUCCCGAGCUCCUGCUGGAAGUCAACGAGAACGGCAAGAGGAGAACACCAGACAGGACCAAAGAGAAUGGGUCAGACCGGGACCCCCUGCAUCCCGACCACCUCAGUAAGCGGUCCUGUACCCUGAGCCCUGCCCAGCGCUGCAGUCCCAGCAAUGGGUUGCCCCACCCUACACCACCCCCACCCCCACACUAUCGCCUGGAGGACAUGGCCAUGGCCCACCACUUCCGGGACUCCUACCGACAUGCAGAUCCCCGAGAGCUGCGGGAGCGCCAUCGGCCCCUCGCCAUGCCUGGGUCUCGACAAGAAGAAGUGAUUGACCACAGGCUCACAGAACGGGAGUGGGCAGAAGAGUGGAAACACCUCAACAGUCUCCUGAACUGUAUCAUGGAUAUGGUGGAGAAGACACGGCGAUCCCUCACUGUGCUGCGCCGGUGCCAGGAGGCUGACCGCGAAGAACUCAAUCACUGGAUCCGGUGCUACAGCGACUCUGAGGAAGGGAAGAAGGGCCCCACCCCCACCUCUGCCCGGCCUCUCAACAGCUGCAGUGGCCCCGAGGGGUCUCAGCUAGAUGUUCACCGGGAUUUCAUGCCCAGGACCCUCUCUGGCUAUAUGCCGGAGGAGAUCUGGAGGAAGGCUGAAGAAGCCGUGAACGAGGUGAAGCGCCAGGCGAUGUCAGAACUACAGAAGGCUGUGUCUGAUGCAGAGCGCAAAGCCCAUGAACUCAUCACCACAGAGCGUGCCAAGAUGGAACGAGCCCUGGCUGAGGCCAAGCGGCAGGCCUCAGAGGAUGCCCUGACUGUCAUCAACCAGCAAGAGGACUCCAGCGAGAGCUGCUGGAACUGCGGGCGCAAGGCCAGCGAGACCUGCAGCGGCUGUAAUGCAGCCCGCUACUGUGGGUCCUUCUGUCAGCACAAGGACUGGGAGAAGCACCAUCAUGUAUGCGGCCAGAGUCUGCAGGGCCCCGCAGCUGCAGUGGCUGACCCACUGCCCGGACAGCCCGAUGCCACCGCCAGCCCUAGCGAAGCCGGCUCAGCAGGGCCCUCUCGCCCCUGCUCUCCGGGCCCACCAGGCCCACUGGACGCUGCCGUGCCCCGCUGACCUCCAGAUUGGACGCCCAGCCCAUGGACACCAUGCCCUGCCAACCUCCUGGCCCCACCUUGGCCCACCAGAUGCCUGGAGCUGGCCAGGUGGAGUCACUGCUGCUACUGCUUCUCUCCAAAAGAAAACACAGAUCCAACGAAACUGCAUCCGUGCAGCCUCAGCUACCUGACGAGGUCUUGCCGGGACCUCCUACAGCCUCUCUUCACAAGCAUCCUCAGAUACCACUGCGGAGCUGCAGACAGUGGCACCGGUGGAGCGUGGCCGGCUCUGCCACCGUCUGUCCCCUCUGUGUCUGUCUCUCUGUUAUUGUCUGUCUUUCUGUGUCUGGUCUCCCUCUGUUUCCCUGCCCUGACUCUCCCUGGAUCUGAUCCUCUCUGUCUGUGUAAAAGCCUGCGUACUUUCUCUGUAAUCAGAGAAACCUAAUCGGUGGCUUUAUUUUCAGUGAAGAACUUUUGGAGAUUUUGUUUUGUUUUGUUGGCAAACAAGCUACUUAAAAAUGGACAAAGAACUGUGGGGUUCUCCCCAUUCCUUAUUAGAAAAGGAAGAAACUGUGAUUUUUUUCUAGCUGGAGUUGCUGCCUCACCCAGCCAACCCCAGGGGGAUCGGCGCGUGCAGCAGAGACGGUGAGAACAAUUUCAAUUUCCAACUCAAGAAGCAUUUUUUGGUUUCAGGUUUUAUUUCUUUUCUUUAAUGUCAAACU